AUGAAGUUAUAUUUAUCGGCUGCUGAAGAAUCCAUUGGAGCUAUGUUAGCCCAAGAGAAUGAGGCAGGAAGUGAACAAGCAAUAUAUUAUCUCAGCCGAGUUUUAACUCUAGUCGAGUGUAGAUAUACACCGAUUGAGAAAUUAGGUUUGGCUUUAUAUUUUGCAGCAAUGAAAUUAAGAGUCUAUAUGUUACCUGUUUUUGUUUAUAUUGCAAUUAAGGGAAGAGUAUUGGCAGAUUUUCUUGCCGAUCAUCCUUCGCCUGAAAUUGAGUCACAAGUAUUUGAUGAGCUUGAAUCGGCAUCCAUAUUCUUGACUCCAUGGACUUUAAUGUUCGAUGGUUCAAGUACCAGUGAAGGCUUGGGAGCUGGUAUAAUGAUAAUAUCCCUAACAGGGAAUCAAAUUUCGUUUUCCUUCUUUUUGGAUUUCAGGUGUUCAAAUAAUCAAGCCGAGUAUGAAUCAUUAAUUAUCGGCUUGGAAAUUCUUUUGGAAAUGGCAGUCAAAGAUGUUGACGGUGGCCGUUCCGUGAACGCCAAAAUUGAUGUAGUGGAUGCUUAG